UUUCCUCUUUUUGUGUUGUACUCCCCGUCCUCCCUCUUCAUCAAAGAAAUAAAAGGGAAGUAGGAGGUUUUGGGCAUAGCAGACUCAGCACUGCCUUUAGUUCUCCAUGUAGUCAAAAGCCCCCGUCAAAAGCUUUAAUAGAGAGCUGAGAUAUUUAUCCCUCGAACCUGGAGUGAUGAGAGGUCCGAGGCCUGCGGGGGGAUGACAUGCAUGUGUCCAGGCAAUUAACAUCAUUGAGGAUUUUAAGACUAGUAGGCUGCCCUCCGUCAAGCCAUGAUGGACAUUCUGUACACAGGCCCUAUCUCGGCAGACCGCGAGUCUCCGAUGGCGCGGAGCGAGACGUCCCCCAGCCGCGCCCAGCAUCCCUCCCCCACACAGAAACCCAACACCUGCUGCUUCUGCUGGUGCUGCUGCUGUAGCUGCUCAUGUCUCACUGUUAGGAGUGAAGAUGACAGGCGGGGGCGGAGGAAAGCCCAAGAGACCAAGCUGGAGCCCUUUCCAUGUGAAACUUGCACCAAACCAACCGUAGAAGAGAUCAAACAGUGGUCGCAGUCUUUUGAUAAGCUGAUGAAGAACCCGGCGGGACGGAACAAGUUCCGCGAGUUUCUGCAGACAGAGUACAGCGAGGAGAACAUGCUCUUCUGGCUGGCCUGUGAAGACCUGAAGAAAGAGAUGAACAAGAGCUGCAUCGAGGAGAAGGCGCGCUUGAUCUACGAAGACUACAUCUCUAUUCUCUCACCCAAAGAGGUGAGUCUGGACUCUCGAGUGAGGGAAGUGAUCAACAGGAAGAUGCAGGAACCGACCCCUCACAUAUUUGAAGACGCACAGCUGCAGAUCUACACGCUCAUGCACAGAGACUCCUACCCACGAUUCCUCAACUCCUCCGUCUACAGAUCACUGGUGCAGGGAGGGUCACGCUCUUCGUCCGAGUCAUAGAAACCCUCUCACUCUCCACCUAACCCAUUACUCUCCAUUGCACAACCACUUGAGGAUAAAGUACAUUUUUGUGUCGUCAUGGUUGGAUUUUAAUUUUUUCUUUAGUUUUUUUUGGUCAGUGUUGCCAUUUUUGAGGGAACCCCUCGUUUUUUUCGCCAUUUCUUCUUAACCUGCACAGACUCAAACUGGAACACAGGGUUGAAAAUGCAGUUUUGUAAGCUCUCCGUUCCUGUUCCAUCACUCCACCUAUGUGGCAGCAGCAACAUCAGCAUCCACUACUGAUUUUCGCAGCCAUCUUCUGACUUUUUGUUUCUGUUAUGUGUGCACAUGUGUACAAGUUAAGUCUUUUUGUCAUCUUCGGACAUCUCUGGCUGAUGAGAGCUGAAAGGGCCUCUGCAAUAACAUACACUGGAGUGGCCUGACCAGUCAGUUUCUCUCUCCUCAGCCUUCACUUCACUGACCCGUCUACUGUCUCCGUGUUCCGAUUGGCAUUCGAAGCGAGGAGCUGAGGUGUGAUUGGCUGGUGGAUCGUAAUAAGUGCAUAGUGCUGAAUAAAGAGGUACAAAUAAAUAUAUAUACAGGAUAUUAAGAAUGCUAAAUAAUUUACAGGCUCAGAUGUAAUCUGCCAAUUUUUUCACAUGAUCUGUGCUGAUUUUGGGAGAAAAUUCAGGUUCAGUUACUCGAAAUAUUUAAGAAAGGAAUAUCGGGGGUGGAUGUGUACUCGAAAGACGCUUAUUGUUUAGAUAUCUGCAAAGCUUUCUGCACAGUUUCUGUGUGGGCCUGUCAAGCUGAUAUAAACAAAAAAAGAAGGUCCACCAAUUUUAGAAAUGUAAAAAACAUGAGAGAUGAGAGAAUGCCAGGGUCUUAAUUAGACUGGUCACUCACAUUUAAAAGAGUAUUUUUUAUGUUAUUUAUUUUGUUAAACUGUGAUUUGUUUUUUUCUUGUACAUAUAUUAAAGACGAUCUGCAAAAGAUGCAACAUACUGAGCAAGCUCUUAGUCCUGAGUGCUCAAUAGAGCUGUAUCUGUCUCUCACUGUAUGUUCGCAUGUGUUUGUGUGAAGUUGUAUGGUGUGAGUUUCUUCGGCACCUCCUGUAGGUAGUGUGAGGUACUGCCAUAGAGCGUAUUACACGGACCCCUUUCUCUCAGUCUCUGUUUCACUUGAUCUUCUCAGUGUUCUUGGCUUUUCUUCAUACUAAAAGACAAAUGCGCCCUACAUUUUUUCCUUUACAUUGCUGGAUUCAUUGUGCAAAUUUCAUCAGUUCAGGUUAUUCCAAAGAAAUGCUCGUCUUUGUAAUGUUUCAUCUAAAUGUAAUACCUUGCUCCUCCUCUUUUAUGUCCUUCCUGUUCGAUGUGAGCUAUUGGUUAAUGUUAACCUAUAGCCGAAAGCUAUUUAAUAUGGUUUUAGGCUACUAUUGAAAGUAAUGCGCCAUUUAACAAUACAUUAACAAUGCAUAAUGUUAGUGUUACAAGGUGUACGGCAUCAGCCAUAGAUUUUAAGGGACAGUUCACCCCCAAAAAGUUGUUCCAAAUCUGUAAAAAUGUAUUUGUUCUGGUUAACACAGAAAAAGAUAUUUGGAAGAAUGCUUUUACCAAAUAGUUCUUGGCCACCAUUGACUACCAUAGUAGGAAAAAUUGCUUUAUACAUUUCUUCGUUCUGUUGAAAACAAAAUUUGAUACUUCACCGUUCUGGGGCACUUUUGACUACUAUUUAAUGUUUUCAUACUAUUGUAGUCAGUGGUGGCCCAGAACUAUUGGAUGUUACAAGCAUUGGAACAUGCAGAUUUUGAACAACUCAAGGGGGCAGUAAAUGACGACAGAAUCUUUAUUUUUGGGUGAACUGACUUAAUAAAGUAAGUCUCGGAAACACAGGAGAAUCUGAGUUUAAGUCAAGGGGCAUCACAGCACCGUAACAGGUUUAUGCAUCUAUGGUAGUGAUCUGUAACUACAGAAUUAAAUGAAAAUGCGCAAAACAUUCUAAUACACAAUCAUUUCAACAAUAUUUAUCCCUUUAACAAGACCAAAUCAGUUGUUUACACUUAAAGCAAAAAUCAUACACAACAAAACACAAUGGCCACUAUUACAAAGAAUAGAAGAGGUGCUGUAAAACAAAGAUUAAACAGGAUAAAAAGAAGUAUGUUGAAUUAUUUAAAAUGAUAUAAGUGUAAUGCUCAGAUAAAAUAAUUUCAGUCUUACAGUAACUUUAACAUAAUACAUCAUGUAUAGAAUAUACUGAGGGAUAUCAGAUGAUUGGAAUGAUGUUAAUAUUGUGAGAUCUGCUUGACUAUUUGUUUUGUUAAGCAUUUCAUAAUGUGAAUCUAAAAUCAAUCUGUUCUGUGCCAGUGGAUCCACAAUUAUCAAUCAAUGAUCAAAUAAUUGUAUUAGAGUUAAGCCACGUUCAUACCAAGAAAAGUAACUACAUACACCAAUGGCUGAUCAUAAAGCUUGUGCUCUGCAGUUUGGUCCAUUUAAAUAGAUUUUUUUUAGUUUAUUAGCCUUAAAAAUCGCUCUGAAAUUGAUCACCACUGUAGCAUUCAUCUGUAUCUUUAAAAUGAUAUCUCAUUUAAUCAUUUGUUUAAAGUUAUAACCAUCAUCUUGGGUUUGAAAGGGCCUGCUGUCUUUUCUCAGCACUGUUCAGAACAUUGAUUUGUGAGUAGUAUGUGUGUUGAAUCGCAUGUCCACAUCCACUGGAGGUUUUUAUUUUCCCUUAGCGUUGAUCCUUAGUGGUGGUUUGACCAGUCCAAACUGAUCUGAGACCAGUACUUGAGACAAUUCUCAAACAACGUCAGAACUGUCAUUUCACAUUGAAAUAGAUCAAAUCAUCCACGCCUGGUACGUCCUGGUACUUUCAGGAUGCGCUUCUUUGUAAAUAUAUUCUUACAGUAAGAUAUACAAACUAUAUUCAAUCAAGCAAGUUUUAAAGACAGAAUUUACCAACCAUGAGAAUUUAUACGAUUUAGGUAUUUGGCAAUGUUGUCAAACACAGUGUAGAGGAACUUCAUGUACUGCAUUACCAAAAAAAAACUGAUGCCAUUAUUUUUUCUUUUGGUUUCAGUAGUUGCGCAUGAAAAUGUACAUUUUUGAAUUAUUUGUGUAAUAUACAUGUGUAUUUGAAUAUAUAUAUACAUGAACAUAUAUUUAGUAGCCUAUUGCUCUUAUUGUCCAACAUGAUGUGACCAGUCUAACUUAAGCCAGAUGGAUUUCUGAGUGUGUGUGUAUGUUUGUGUGAUUAAAUGUGAAUUUUCAUACAAGACAAUUGCAUAGAGAAAUCCGUUUCACUGGGGCCUUUGGCAGCACACGUCUGAUUUGCAGUUUGUUGUUUGUGCUGGUGAACCUCUCAGUGUUUCACGUGGCAUGUGCACUUUGCGUUCACACUGAAAGCAAACUAAAGCAAAUGUUUUCUUCUAUCCCAGCUUAAGUGUUAUGAGUUCUAUUUGGUGACCCAAAAUAACAUUAUCACCACCGUCUGCACUCCAAUUGGUUGUCACUGCUCAUUUGCAUAAAUGUAACUUUGCAUUCCUCUCUGAAUUAUCGUAAAUACAAGUUUACUAGUUAAAAGUUGCACAUGAACACUCCCACUGGUGAACACGACAUCAGAGGCCGUUUGUGUGCAAUUUUCACCUCUCUAAUUCCGAGAGACACAUAUUUUGGAUAUUUCCCAUCACAAAGAAGUAACGUCUGGAUUUAGAAACAAGUAUUUAAAGUCCCAAUGAAAUCAAAAAUUACAAUUCCUUUUUUUUCAUGAAAUAUUGCAGCAUUUAUUGUAAAUAGAUCAUCAAAGUUGCUCAUCCUCUUUUUAAAUUCGUGUGCCUUCAUAAUCUUCAGUUAAAAUCUAAAAAUGCACUUCCGCCCUCUAGUGACAAAGUGCAAUGGCUGUUUUAUACAUCCAAUCAAAUCAUAGUGUAAAAACACAAGCCACGCCCACUAUUCUUCCCAUUCGAAAUUCUAUUUUACUUGGAAAUGCGCCAAAAAAUGAAAUAAAAACCAUCACAACUUCCGGUUCACGAGGAGUUUAAUAACAUUAAAUAUUACUACAUUAGCCUACUACAAAAUGUCAUAUUACAAGUAUUUAUUAACAUUAAAACAGCGCCGUUACAGAAAUUAUUUCCGGGUUGAGGUGGGAAAUAUCCUGAAUCCUAGGUGUCUCGAAUGCAGCAGUAGUCACAUGGUUAAGGAGUCAUGUUGCCUCAAAUUUCCAACUUGAAUUGAAUAUGAAAGGCUUCUGAUUCCUUUGCAGAUCGCUUUUCAGAGCGGAUGCAUCACAUCAAAUCCGAACGCUUCAGUUAUAAGCAACAAAACUGUAUACACUGAUAGCACGCAAAAUAUUCGUUUUAACAUGUUGCAUCAUUAUCGUGCAAUAAACACAGUGUUCCCCUUACAGCAUAUUCAUCCCUUCUUUCAAGUGAACAGGGCUAGACAGGACAGUUGGGACUUUUACAAACAUUUAUUGGAUUGGAGAGACUCUGACCUAGAGCUGCUCAUGUUUACAUUGAUUUCUUUAAGGUGCCAAAUGAAUCUACAGUAGCCUUCUAACAGUCUCAAAAUAUCUAAAGAAUAGUUGUGCAAGCGUGUGAAUGCAAGAUGAGUCUGUGUCGAUGACUGAUGCGUGUUUCCAUCAUCUGUAUUACGUGUUUAUUCUGCAUCACCACACAACCAAAUUGUCAGAAUUUCCUAUUUUUAAGAAAUUACUUUUUUGUUUUAACAACUGUGCAUAUCACAUGCCAGCCUCAAGUUCACACACUGUAAACUCACAUUUAUUUACAUUCUCUCCGGUUGCUCUGUGAGAUUCUCUCGUAGUAUCAUAUUACAGCACAGAGCCGUUAUACAGCAGAUCAGACUCAUGGACUUCUACGGACACUUAUUUAUUGACAUUAGCAUUAUAUUUUGUAUUAAAAUAAACCGAGUUAUGUUUUAAAAAGCAUGUUUGUAGUUUUCUGGUCCGUUUGUUUGUUUGUAGCCAUAACUGUGUAACCUCUCCUCGACUCUUGGGUGCCAAUGGCAGUGCGGCCUUUUCAGGUUGUGGUUGGGAUGGACUUGCGGUCCCUCAUUAACCCAGGCCAGAUCAUUACCAUUAUUCAAAUAAAUAUUUUAAAAAGAAGAUAUGAUUAUAUUAAUAAAGACAAUUGUGUUGUUAUUCGUUCGCAGCUUUCCAAGAGAUUUGCUGUGACCUCCAAAAGGACUUUGAUACUAUGCCAGCACUUCACAUACAAAUGUGCUUUGAACAGUGGUAUAAACAACACAAGACAUCAACCCAGGGUCACAAGUUUUACUGACACAGGAUUCUUUAAGGAUAAUUUUCCCCCAAAAAUGUAAUUCUGUCAACAACAGUUGUACCCAUUGACUUGAAUUGGUUGUGAGCCCGUACAGUGAAUGGGUUGGGCACCGCCAUUGUUUGGUUACCAAUAUUCUUCAAAUUGUCUUCUUUUGUGUUCUGCAGGAGAAAGAAAGUCAUACCGGUUUGAAAUGAUGCCAAGUAUGAAUAGCCUAAAAUGGUAAUAUGAUCAACUGUCUCUUUAAAUAGCAUUUACUCUAACUUUGACUCCCUUCUCCAUCUGGUUUUGGUUUUUGCAAGUUGUCAAAUGCAAGUUGCUUUUAGUAUACGUCCGGUUGCUUAAUACUAUUUCGUUUUAAACACAAAACUGUGAUUCUUCUUUGGCUCCUUAAAGGGAUAGUUCACAAUUCAAAACCUGAAUAUGAGUAUUUCUUUUGCAUAAUACAAAAGAAGAUAUUUUGAAGAAUGCCAGUAUCCAUACAACAUUGGACCCCAUUGACUUCCAUUGGAUGGACGCAAAAAUAAAGAUUUUCUUUUCUCUUUAAUUUCACUUUUGGGCAGUGUCAUGAAAAUGUAAACCUUAAAGUUUUUACCAGCGAUUUUUACUAUGUUACAGCACAGGUAUUAAUAUUUGGUGGUUCAAAUACCCUCUCUUCAAAUUUGUUUCAAAUUCUUAUUUUUAGUGCAUGAUUUUUCACAGUCAAGAAAGAGAGAUCUUCAGGAUUGUCACAACCAUAACACUUAAUAUAAAGUAACUAUUUUAUGUUCUAUAAAGAGGCAUCCCUUCUCUUCGGGUUCAGGAUUGUGCAUUUUAUUUUACAGAAAUCCUACAAAGUUUAUUGUCUCCCAAAAAACGCGUCCCUUUUUUUGUCACAACUAUAAUUUCUCUUUUUUUUUUCAUCGAAUUACAUUUUUUAUGUUUUGACUAACAACAAGGGUUCAGUAAAAUAUAAAUAUAUGGUUCAAUAAAAUCGUUACAAAUUCA